GGAGUAAAGCUAUUUAUUUAUUUAUUUAUUUGUUUGUAGUGAGGCAAACUUAGACCUAUAAGCUCCAGAGUGCAUGAUCACACAUACAAAGAAAGAAAUUCUAUUAUUAAAAAAAAAAAAAAAAAAAACAUUAUUUUUAUGCUGCAUCCCACUUCGUAAGUUUUAUUGGUGUUACAUAUACAGUAAACAGCUUCAGCUGUAGCUUCCAGUCCUUGGAGAACUGUUGGAUGUGAGCUCCAAAGUCUUUUGCUGCUUCACAGUCACAUUCAGUGUUUUUCACUAUUCCUCACGUGUGUUCAGUUUCUUCAACUUAAGUCUCUUUUUCUAUGAUGUCAGAUACUGCAUCAGGGUGUCACAUUCAAACACACAUCUGUAGGAUUCCAGGUAGGAGGGUGUAGUAGGGCAUAGAUUGGAAGUGUGUGAACACGAAGAUUAUUCGAUAACAAUGGUGACCUACUGUGUUCUAAGAUCGACCGAGUGAUGUCAGCAAACUAAUGGAAUCAAAGUGUUGUGGAUUUCAGUUUUACUGUUACACUGUGCACGGCACAUUUUGCUUUAUAUCUAUUUAGUUGGUACGGCACACCUCGGACCAUACUGGUUAACAGUGCCCUAAAGAGUAUGGCACUAGUUAUAUUUGUUGUGCUCCCUACAUUUUGUUUUCAAUUUUAUGUUUUAAUUCAGUCAGCUGUAAACUCUUUUAAUAGAGAAGGGUACAAACAAGAGUGAUUCCGAUGUAUUUGGCUUAAUUAUAGUGGUGUUUUAGCUUGAAGCAAAAUAAAAUAUUCAGCAUUCUGCCUGCCAACAAUUUGCUUUGGUUGGAUUUAAUUACAGUUGUCACUUUUUAUGAUAUUUAUUCAGGUUUUUCGGGACCACUGUCACGAUGUAUGGUGGUCAACUGUAUUAUUUGUUUGUGUAGUUAUUGCCACAUUGUCAGCAGAGAAAUGGAAAACUAGUGCAACUGACUGUUCCCACUUGUUGGAAGUGAAAAAAAAAACAAGGGUGAUAAAAUAAUUAAUGAAAAAUAAUGAGAGAUAGGUUUAAAGAAAGUUUGGGGCCACAGAGGUAAUCAUCAGAGGGUAAGGCGGCAAUAUAAGCAUUAAGCAGCAUCUUUCUUCGCCGUUUUGUAUUGAAUGCUAAGUUUGAGCAGAUUUUUUUCCGAUAUUACAAAAAUUAAAUCGAUACUGCAAACAGCCAAAUACGGCACGUACUAGAAAAGAAAUACUGUCAAAAUUAAUAAUCCCGUCACUUAAACACAUCAGCCAGCACUCAAGUCUGAGCAUUUUACAUCCGCAGAGGAUUCUUCAGGUUGUUCUCAGACAGUAAAAUAUCUUAUGCUUUCUUGAGCAUCACGAGUAUAUACGUGACCUGCUCUAUUUGGCUAGUAACAACGAAAACUCAGGCAGCUGAACAGUCAUUUCCAAUUACGCUGCUUGUUAUAAGGAAAACGAUAGCUUCCUGUUUUAGGAUGCAUAGAGAAAAACAUUCAAUAUAUAUCAUAUGAUUACAACCGCCUCAUCUACUACGUAUAAUAGUUCGCAGUAAUUCUGUCUCGUUUGAUUUUAUAACCUGCGGCAAUAUUUAAUCGCUUACAUUAGCUUUUACUACAUCGCAGUACACGUUCAAAUUACUAACAUACAUGAAGUCAUAGGGACUCUGCAUCGUGUCAUAGUAGUUUCUAUGGCAGUCUGUGAUCCAGCUACAUUAAUGCACAAAAUUUGACUUUGAUACGAAUGCAUCAGGUAUUUCCCGUGCCUGUGACUACAGGUUUUGGUAACGGUUUAGUGUCGAUAUUACACUGUUACUUCUUUGGUACAUAUGGGGAACUACUUUUUCUAUUGGAUGUAAUAUCUCAGGUUCUGUAUGGGGGUAAAACAUUGGCAGUAUUUCUGCAGUGUAUGUGAGCAGUAAAAGUUUUGAUGGUAAUCAAUGUAUUUGAUACCAAAACGCGUUUGUACGUCAGUCAUCAAAAAUUUUAAAGCGGAUAUAUUAUUUCAUGAAUGUUAGCUACCGCCAUCCUUAUUAAAAGGAAGUUCCGACUUGUCGUAUGACAGUGUGUGUUGUUGAACAAGAGGAUUAAAGAAAGCCAGCAAAAUGAUGAAAGGUGCGCUUCCGAAGAAGGAGGGGAAGAUGAGAAUUAGAGCUUUCCCGAUGACUAUGGAUGAGAAGUUUGUUGAAAGCAUAUGGGCCUUGCUGAAGAAUGCCAUCCAGGAGAUUCAAAAGAAAAAUAACUCUGGAUUGAGCUUUGAAGAAUUGUAUAGGAAUGCAUACACAAUGGUCCUUCACAAACAUGGAGAACGUUUGUACACUGGCCUUAAAGAAGUUGUGACACAACAUCUGGAAUCAAAGGUCAGGGAAGAUGUUCUUAAUGCACUGCAUAAUAAUUUUCUCCAGACAUUGAAUCAAGCAUGGAAUGAUCAUCAGACAUCUAUGGUAAUGAUCAGAGACAUUCUGAUGUACAUGGACAGGGUUUAUGUCCAACAAAAUGAUGUUGAUAAUGUAUAUAAUCUUGGACUCAUCAUAUUUCGUGAUCAGGUUGUUCGAUAUGGUUGCAUAAGAGACCAUUUAAGAGAUACGUUGUUGGAUAUGGUAAUGCGAGAGAGGAGAGGAGAAGUAGUGGAUAGAAUUGCAAUUAAAAAUGCAUGUCAAAUGUUAAUGGUCCUGGGCAUAAAUAGCAGGUCGGUUUAUGAAGAAGACUUUGAAAGACCCUUUCUUCAGCAGUCUGCAGAAUUUUAUCGGUUGGAAAGCCAAAACUUCCUUGCAGAAAACAGUGCAUCUGUUUACAUUAAAAAAGUAGAAGCCCGUAUAAAUGAAGAAGCAGAAAGAGCAAAACAUUAUCUUGAUGAGUCCACAGAAACCAGGAUUGUAGAAGUCGUUGAAGAAGAACUGAUCAAGAAACACAUGAAGACAAUUGUAGAAAUGGAGAAUUCCGGUGUUGUCCAUAUGUUGAAAAACCAGAAGACAGAAGAUUUAGCAUGUAUGUAUAAACUCUUUAACAGAGUAACUGAUGGCCUGAAAACAAUGGCUGAUUGUGUAAGCCAGUACCUCAGAGAGCAAGGCAAAGCUUUAGUGCAAGAAGAAGAAGGUGGAACAAAUGCCAUUAACUUUGUGCAGAACUUACUUGACCUGAAGGACAGGUUUGAUCAUUUCCUUCACAAUUCAUUUAAUAAUGAUAAAAUAUUUAAGCAGAUGAUUGCGUCAGACUUCGAACAUUUUCUCAAUUUAAAUCCAAAGUCACCAGAAUAUUUAUCAUUAUUUAUUGAUGACAAACUAAAGAAGGGAGUAAAAGGGAUGACUGAACAGGAAAUUGAGAUGGUACUUGACAAGACUAUGGUCCUUUUUAGGUUUUUACAAGAGAAAGAUGUGUUUGAAAGAUAUUAUAAGCAACAUUUAGCCAAAAGAUUAUUGCUUAAUAAAUCAGUUAGUGAUGAUAGUGAGAAAAACAUGAUCUCAAAGUUAAAGACUGAGUGCGGGUGUCAGUUUACAUCAAAACUGGAAGGAAUGUUCAAAGAUAUGACUGUAUCAAACACAAUAAUGGAAGAAUUCAAGGACCAUGUCAUGACAUCAGGGACAAAUCUUCAUGGUGUAGACAUGAGUGUGCGGGUUCUUACCACUGGAUUUUGGCCAACACAAAGUGCGACUCCAAAAUGCAGUAUUCCAGCAGCUCCCCGCAAUGCUUUUGAAGCUUUUAGAAGGUUUUACCUAGCCAAGCAUAGUGGGCGACAACUUACUUUGCAGCCACAACUUGGAUCUUCUGAUCUCAAUGCAGUAUUUUAUGGGCCUCGAAAAGAAGAGACAGAUAGUAAGGAUGGUGCAAGUUCUUCAUCAAGUUUACUAUCUGUUGCAUCUCAAAGAAGUUGUGGGCCCAGAAAACACAUAAUCCAGGUGUCUACAUAUCAGAUGUGUGUGUUGAUGCUCUUCAACAACAGAGAAAAAUUAACUUACGAGGAAAUCCAAAGUGAAACAGACAUACCUGAAAGAGAUUUGAUCCGUGCCUUGCAAUCCUUGGCUAUGGGAAAGGCAACGCAGCGAGUUUUAAUCAAAAACCCAAAAACCAAGGACAUUGAGCCAAAUCAUUUGUUUUAUGUAAAUGAUUCCUUUACUUCAAAACUCCACAGGGUAAAGAUUCAGACAGUUGCAGCAAAGGGAGAGUCUGAGCCAGAGAGACGAGAAACACGUAAUAAAGUUGAUGAAGACAGAAAACAUGAAAUUGAAGCAGCUAUUGUACGAAUUAUGAAAGCGCGCAAGAGAAUGACUCACAACGUCCUUGUAACAGAGGUAACGGAACAGUUGAAAAGUCGAUUUCUUCCGUCACCUGUUAUAAUCAAGAAGAGGAUAGAAGGAUUAAUUGAGAGGGAGUACUUAGCAAGAACACCGGAGGAUAGGAAAAUUUACACAUAUGUUGCUUGAGCAAGAUACCUGUUAACAAGAUGCCUUUAAACAGCAUUUGUCUUCACAUCUUCGAAGAUGUGUGGAUCAAGGAUGACAAGAUGCAUUGAAGCUAGAUGAAGCAUGUUUGCCUGUGAUAACGUAUCUGGAAAAGCUGUCGUGAUGAGCUCAAAUAUUCCUUGAAGACCGGUGUAAAAUGUUUAUUGUUUUCAAUUUGCAUACCCAAAAUUAAAUUAUUUGUGAUGAAAAAAUUUUCAAAGUUUCUCUACAUCUAAUAAGAGUUAUUGAUUUUAAUUUACACGUAGUUCUGUAAAAAGUGAGUUAUCACCAUGAUCAGCAUUACAGUCGACAACUGCUUCUGGCUGUGCACACUUACACAUUUCUAUGCUACAAUCAGCAGUGACCUCCUGACUGUGAUAAAAUGUUCAGACGUUGUUGUACGACAAGAACGAUUGUUGUUAAGACUAGUAUGUGCGCUUCAAGUAACAUAAGACAUUGUGUAACAGAUACUCAGAAGAGUGAUAAGUUUUUCGUACUCCGACUGUUUGUGACAGUUUGUGGUAUUUGAACUUCUCAGGAUCUAUAAUGAAGCUGUAGUUUCCUGUGUCAUGAUUGUGUUUGUAAUUACAUCUUUGACUGUGAUACAGUUAACUUCAAAUUGAGGAAACUGUAGGGUGUGGUAAGACAUUGGGCACCCUCUCAUGUCAGAUUUUGUGAAAGACUUCGUGCCAGAGUGGAAGCAAGUGCCACAAGUGCAGUGAUAACAGUUCUGUACACCUUAAAAGUCAGUAUGCCAGCUUUAACCGUGUUUUGGCUUUUUAGAGUUUCCUGAGAACAAUUGUACUUUCUGAUAAUAUCAGGAACUGUUAGUUUAUUUCAGUGCUUUUCUUGUGUUUUAAUAUAUGGACCCACAAGGUAGGGCAUACACCAUCAUAAUUCAAACAUUGUUAAAGAAAAGAAUUCUUCCCAUUUCUUGUUGUUUGUACUUGAGAAUGCAUCUUAAAUUGUGUUGCAUAAUCAGUUUUUAUGGAAUGAAAUCCUAUUAACAAAAGGGAUUUAGUCAUUGAUAUUGUGGCAUUCUUUGAAGUGAAAUUGUUUGAUUGUAUUUUAUGACUUGUAAAUAAAUUUCAGAAGUUUCAAAGGAGUAGACUCAGUUAUUUGUCAGAGAAAUAAUAAAAAGAAAAAGAUGUUUCAAAAUAAAUCAGUAUUUCUGGCCACCGUGAAAAUAUGUUAAAAAAAGUCAGAAUAUGGUUUUUGUUCAGACACUUUUUAAAAUUUUAAAGUCCUUAUUAAUAUUAUUAUUUACUGCAGUUAUUAUUUUAUUACUAUCGUUAUUCAGUUGUACAUUUUUGUAUAUAUAUGUAUGAGAUUUCUCUUAUAGCAACUCUUGAAUGUAAAUUUUCUUUUAUUCCAGAAUUUUGUUAUAUUGAACUAAGAGUGUUACGUCCUUUCGAGAAAUGGUGACUGUAGUAGGCUAAAUAUUUUUAUAAUAUUUAUGAAUGCAAAUUAUGGAACUGUACGGAUGCACACAUGAUCAUAUAAUUAGAGCUUAUUAGCUCAUCAGCUGCUACACUUCCGUUAAUUUCAUUGCAUUGUAAUGUUUUGAGAAAUGGAUUAUUAGUUGAAAACAUCACUUGAUUUUACGUUUUUUCAUAAAUGUUGUUUGUAUCCAGAAUUUUGUAAAGAGCUAAAGAUUGUGAAUUUUGUAACAAAAUCUCUUAUGUCUUACUGCAGGUUUUUCCAAAAUUUACUUCUUGUGUACAUUGAAAGAAACGUCUGAAAAGGUUAGUAGAUAUGAUAACUGAUGGGAAAAGGGGCAGUGAUUUAUUUUUGAUCUGCUUUAGAUGAACCUCAUAAUCCUCCCUUGUUCUUGAGGCACUAGCCUGAGAUACCAUUAAGUACACAAUGCUGUCCUCCUCUGUUUCCUAUGAACAUCUUUUGUGACAGUGUCAAAGAAUUAACCCCAUUCUGUCUCACCCUCUCCCUCCAGCUGUUUGCUUCUGUUCCCAUACACUCAGUAAAUUACCACACACUAAGUUUACAACUUGAAAUUUUUAUUUUUCUCCAGCUUAGUGUUGCUUGGUAAUACGAAUUUUAGUUUCUUGGUCUCAUUUACUCUUUUUCAAGUUACUGUUCAGUUUUUCCACUUGUUCUUGUUCCACAGUGCAUUGAUAAUCCUGUAAAAAAUAUAAUUUCUGUUUGCAUUGUUUACAAGUGUAAGUUCAGAUAACGAAUAAUUUACUCUAAAAUUAAUUGGCAUUACCACUAAUUCUGUACAGUAUCCUUCUCAUAUAUAUUGUAGCGCACUUUUUACUUUUCAGUGGAAUUACUUGUUACACUGUUUUGAAGGCCAAAGUUUGCAUCUUUAUUUGCUGGAAAGUAUUUGUAUUUAUUUGAGUUUGUGUUUUAGUUAAGUAGUAUUCUCAGCACAUGAUACGCCUUUGAUUACAGUUAUUGAAACCUCGUCGUCAUGACCUUUCGAUUAUUAUAGAUGCUCACCAGACUUUUCAAUAUACAGGUCAUUUACACAGAAAUGGGCAUAAUUUAAAUAGCAAUUGAAUAAUACACCUCUUGUUGUGAACUCCUGAUUUAGUGAAGGUGAAGUGUAGGUACCUACACAUAUUUUUUAAAGAAGCCCAUACUGUAUGUAUAUAAUAAAAAAUACUUCUUACA